AGAAACCCCGAUGCCACGGUGGAGCCAUGGGCUGCAAGAAACGAUUGCGAUCCGCAUCUGGCGCAUUCUGCUGCAAGAGGCUUCGGAUGAUGGGGGUGAGAAGACGGUGGACUUCACGAAAAACCGAGCCAACGAGCGAGGAGGAGAAGCCCGACAUUGAGAAGAACCUCCCAGCUUCAUCUUCAAGCUGUUCUCAGAGUUCUCAGAUCAGCUAUGCUGCGAUGGACCCAGAGGCAGCGCUAGCAAACCCGCAUGAUGCAGCCAGGUGGCUGCGUGACUUCAAGAACGCAGGUGAUGGCACGGCGAAACCAGACAUGUUCAUGAUCCGGCGGCUCCGACAGCUCAUCUGGUUGCAAACCGAGCGGCAGAUCUUCGGCGAAAAUGAGCAGUGUUGGAUGCGAACCCAAUGCGUCGAUCGGGGAGGUGGAGUGCGUGACACCAUCGACCAGGUUGCUCCACAGCUCAGGGUUGAGGUGAUUGAAUGCGACAUUCUGGAACGUGCAGGGCAGUUGCACAGGAGCGAGGGCUACAGCGUUGCAGUGCUCAACAUGGCUUCGCCGCACUCGCCGGGGGGUGGCUUUAGGUCAGGUGCCGGCGCACAGGAGGAGAACCUCUUCCGGCGGAGUGAUCUUUUUAAGUUUCUCCACUCGAGCGCUUAUCCGAUCAAGGACACUGCCUGUCUUGUUUCUCCUGGGGUGACGAUACUCAGAGGGAAGGAGCAAGAUGGAUAUCCUUUCCUAGAGAAGACCUUUCCCGUGACCGUCCUGACCUGCGCCGCGCUUCAGCAUCCAACCUUGACCAGAGAUAGGAGGUACUUGCCAAGGGAUGAGAAGCGCAUGCGGAUGAAGAUUCGUGCGCUGCUCGACGGUGCGAAGUUGGCUGGCUGCGACGCCUGUAUUUUUUCUGCCUUCGGUUGUGGUGCUUUCGGAAAUCCACCGGAGGAGGUGGCACAUCUCUUCAGGGAAGAAUUGCUGAAAAGAGGUUUGAAGCAGGUCAGCUUUUGCAUCUUCAACGAUCACAACGCCGGCCGACGUCACAAUCCUAGAGGAAACUUCACCCCCUUUUGGGAGACCUUUCGUGACCUGAUGGACUGUGACAGAUUGCCUUGAAUGCCUGGUGAUGGCUGGAGAUAUCUGGCAGAAACGUGAACUAUGACUGAUCAUCAUCAGAUUUCCU